GCCCGCCUUCCGAAGGUGGCAGGGCGGCCUCCUCCUCUGACCCCGGUCACCGCCUCCAUGAGGGGUCCGCCGGACUGAGCGCGGGAAGCGGGCUCUAGUCGGUUCUCGGCAGGCGAGGGCCAGAGCAGGAGAGGCCUCUUGCGGCGAGACCAGGCCCUGAGGAUGGACUAGGAGGGUCGCGAGUCCCUUUGUCUGCUCUUUGCUGUUUAGGAAGGGGGCGGGGCCGCGCCGGCUCCCGCCCCGGAAGCGGAAGUGUAGGCACUGCGAGGUCCUGUCCAGCGCGAGUCCGGCCUGUGCGCCAGCCGUUCCGUGCGUUGGUCAUCUCGUGUCCUUGCUCCCACCGGUGUGCUGUUCUCCGUCCCCGCGAUGCUGUCUCUAGACUUUUUGGACGAUGUGCGGCGGAUGAACAAGCGGCAGCUCUAUUAUCAAGUCCUAAAUUUUGGAAUGAUUGUCUCCUCGGCACUAAUGAUCUGGAAGGGGUUAAUGGUAAUAACUGGAAGUGAAAGUCCAAUUGUAGUGGUGCUCAGUGGCAGCAUGGAGCCUGCAUUUCAUAGAGGAGAUCUUCUCUUUCUAACAAAUCGAGUUGAAGAUCCCAUACGAGUGGGAGAAAUUGUUGUUUUUAGAAUAGAAGGAAGAGAGAUUCCUAUAGUUCACCGAGUCUUGAAGAUUCAUGAAAAGCAAAAUGGGCAUAUCAAAUUUUUGACCAAAGGAGAUAAUAAUGCAGUUGAUGACCGAGGCCUCUAUAAACAAGGACAACAUUGGCUAGAGAAAAAAGAUGUCGUGGGGAGAGCCAGGGGAUUUUAUCAAGAUAACAGAUCAGUGGAGGACAGGAAUUAUUUGUUCCUUAUAUUGGAAUUGUGACGAUCCUCAUGAAUGACUAUCCUAAAUUUAAGUAUGCAGUACUCUUUUUGCUGGGUUUAUUUGUGCUGGUCCAUCGUGAGUAAGCAGUCUGCCUUGCUGUCCCUCAGAAGAUGCUGUACUUUUUGUUACUGGAUGUCUGGAGUAGAUAUUGGUCUGUGAUUGGUGGAAUGGACAACACACAUGUUGACACUUCUUGGUAGCACUGGUUUGCAUUAGUUUAUGUUUCCACACCAGAGUAUGUGUGGGCGGGCACAUGUGCACCAUGGAGUGCACUCAAGGGGACUUUCAAUCACAGGAUUUCAUAGUUGUCAUUGUCACACUUUCACAUUUUUGUACAUUAGUGAAUUUUUUAUAUUAAAAGGUUGAGCCAAAGCCCCCAGUGUUUGUAUUUUGAAGCCAAGCUUCACUUAUAAAGUGCCUACAGAGUUCUGUAAACAAAAAUGCAACUCUGCACGAGUUUGAAACCAUCAUACCUCCUUAUAAUGGGAAUGGCAUAUACUAAGGUGGUCGUAAGUCUUAACUUUUCAAAAUUUUAAAUAAAAGACUUUGCACAUUGAA